UUCUGAUUGUUGCGAAUGCUGCGAUUCCGUUGCUACGGAAAGAGCUCCGAAUCACAAGGAAAGAUGGUGAAGGCUGUUGUUGUUCUCAAGAGCAGUGAGGGUGUCUGCGGAACUGUCUACUUCACUCAAGAAGGAGAUGGCCCAACCACAGUAACUGGAAGUCUGUCUGGCCUUAAGCCUGGACUUCAUGGUUUCCAUGUCCAUGCUCUUGGAGAUACCACAAAUGGCUGUAUGUCAACAGGACCACACUUUAAUCCUUGUGGCAAAGAGCAUGGAGCCCCUGAAGACGAGAACCGUCAUGCUGGUGAUUUGGGGAAUGUGAAUGUGGGUGAUGAUGGCACUGUUAGUUUCACAAUCAUCGAUAAGCAGAUUCCUCUCAGUGGACCAAACUCAGUUAUUGGAAGGGCUGUUGUUGUUCAUGGAGACCCUGAUGAUCUUGGCAAGGGGGGGCAUGAACUUAGCAAAACAACCGGGAAUGCUGGUGGCAGAAUUGCUUGCGGUGUUAUUGGCCUUCAGGGAUGAACUGCAUCCUUCAGCUACAGUAACUACAGUUGAGCGCGCCUCUAGUUACUGAGGAUCUUUGGGAAUGAAGAAUAAAGAGCAGUCUUGGUGGGUCUCUUUUUCUUGUCUUGAAAGUGGUUUGUAAUUGCUUUCGUUUGGUUCAGACUGCAGACUUUGUUGUUGUGCCUUCAAAUGUUCACAGGCUUUCCUUCAGCGAAAUGUCGAACUUUUGUGAGACUUAUCUCCAUGACGAGAUAUAUUCAAACCCAAAGUUGAGACGGUCUCAAGCUAGAAAA